CAAUGGCGUCUCUUGUAUUUUCUCCCCUUGGUUUUGAAUUCGCUCGACGCCGACGCGGGUAGCUUCGCCUCCGUCGAGAAGCUUCUGGAAGCUUCCGGAGCCGCGCGCCGUGGGGGCGGCCGAAGCUUGCGGGCUGCGGUGGCGGCGGCGGGUAGCUUGGCGAUCGAUCCGUUGCUUGCUUGCUGUGGGGGGAAAGGGAUCGAGAUGGUCGUCUCAUUCAUUACCAGAGCUUUGAUACUUAUUCUUGGAUAUGCAUACCCAGCCUAUGAUUGUUACAAGACGGUGGAGCUGAACAGACCUGAUGUUGAGCACUUGCGGUUCUGGUGUCAGUACUGGAUUUUACUGGCAGUCCUAACUGUUUUCGAGAGAGUUGGGGAUAACUUUGUAUCAUGGUUACCAAUGUAUAGUGAAGCAAAGCUGGCAUUUAUUGUGUAUUUGUGGUAUCCCAAGACACAGGGUACUGCCUAUGUGUACGAGUCAUUCUUCAAGCCGUACAUUGGAAAACAUGAAGCCGAAAUUGAUCGCAAUCUACUUGAGUUGAGGACUAGAGCUGGUGACAUGGCGGUUCAUUAUUUCCAGAAGAUUGCAGACUACAGUCACACAAGGUUCUAUGAAAUCCUGCAAUAUAUUGCUUCGCAGUCAGAGGCUCAAAGCUCUCGUCCUCAGGCACAGCAACACCAGCAGCGUCCACCGCCUCCACGGACUCGGCAGGUGAAUCCUGGACCACCACCCGUUCCAGCACCCUCAGCGCCUCCGAUGCCGUCACAACCUGCCCCUCCUCUGCCAAGGAGCCAAGCUCAAGCUGACAAUGCCCCAAUUCCAGUCGCCCCUCCAGGCGCCGGCGUGGCUCCUGCACAACCACAGCCACCUCAAGCAGGUCCUGAAGCUGCCACCGUGCAAAGCACCGAGGCGGCGCAGCCGGCCAAUCCACCGGCGAGCAACCCGCACCAAGCACCGGUAAUACCCGACGAGGAGACGCUCAUCCAGGAGGCGAUCCGGAUGACACGGAGCCGGCUCAGGAGGCGCAUGGGCGGAGCUUGAACUGGACACGGAUCGUUUCUUCAUCACACAUUCAUUCUCAACACAGGGUGCACUGCACGCGCAUUCUGAAUCCAGUGUUCCUGUAAAGAAGAAAAAAACAGUCUGAAACCUGUUUGGUUUCGUUUCGCGGUUCGCAGUAGUGUACAGAUCCCACACCAAGAUCAGCAGGAAGUAGAACAGUAGAUGCCUAGAUGGAAGGACGUUGUGUCGGCUCAAGAUCAGUAGCCGGGUAACAUGGUAACAGGGAAGAAACCCUGGCUGGGAGAUGUUGAUAGACGAUGAUCCCUCUCCUUUUGUCACUCUCAAAAGUAUACUCUCCGCCUUGGCUUCGCUCUCUGCCAAAGCAAAAGUCCGUCCUUGCCACACGUGGGUUGCAUGGGAAUGCUGUCGGCCUGAAUGCAAGAACUAUAUUUGUUUGCUUACAAAAUCAAAAUUUGCCUUUUGCUUGACCACAAGGUGGGAUUAUGCAGCAAGGGGUGAUUGCUUGA